AUGCCGUUGCUCUAUGGAGAGCGUUCGGCGGCCUUUAUGCGCCUCCAGGAAGAGCUGAUCCGCAUCUCGGACGACCAGACAAUCUUCUGUUGGACGUGGGAUCAUACGAUCCCACAAGACUGGAGUAGACUACUCGCACCAUCGCCCGCGGCCUUCGACGGCGGCGACCCGUUCUUCUGCGGAUCCGAGACUGACGAGCACAUUGUCGAAUGGAGAAAGCCCAUAUCGUACUUGAUGACCAACGUAGGUCUACGCAUCCGCCUGCCCACAUUGAAGAUAUCGGGUCUAGAUCUUGCCGUCCUGAACGUAUCCGAAAGGAGAAGCGAGUCGGGAGAGCAGGACACUAGCACAGGUCGUGUCUGCAUUCCCCUCAUGACGAACAGCUACCUCGACGAGGUCUUUGGUGUCUCGUCGACACUGGUAGACGACUCUGCGGCUAGUGCUCAGCGAUGGGCGAUUCCCGAGCAACCUAUAACUAUUUACGAGCUGAGGAACAUAUACCCCUCGUCCCUACAGGAUUUCUACAUCCGUCCGUUGCAACGAGACGCAAAGAUGAUAAGGAACACAAUAUCACACUGA